AAAACACAGAACAUAUACUUUGCAGAUCAUACUAGUUUUCGUAUUCUGUACACAGCAAAUGCCCAUAACAGAAAAAUAAUACAAUGAUUGAAAUGGAUUUUCAUAACCGUUUUCUAUAGCAAAGCAAAGAAUAGCCUAGCUCUGCAAAAAUGCAGACAGCUUCCAAAGACAAUUGUUGAAAACAACUUAAAAUACUGAAACUUAAAAACAUGAUAGCAAAAGGUGAAAAUAAUAAGUCGGUGAAACAAUUCAGGCUAAGUUAACACAACUCAUUAAAAAACUCCCAAGCAUACCGGUUCAAGUACAAUAUUCUCUUCUAUUCAGCAGAACGCUCUAGUCUUGACAUUACUAAGUUACAAAAGACAGCGUGUAACGAACAGUGGGAACAAAAAAAAAUGAUAUUCUAGUUCCUGUGAUCGAUCCUUAUAAAAAUAACAGCACGAACCACUUUUCAGAGUUUUACUUAUGGUUUCAAGAAGCAAAAGAGUUGUAAUUCUUCCCCUAUACAUACACAUUUUUUAAAUUCUGUUGUGUAUUAUAUUGUGUCAUUUUACCGUUUCAUUUCAACGGUAUUAACAGGGUCGAAGGCCAUUAUCGAAAAUCAUAAUGGUUUUUGAUUCCUGUCUCAAAAAGAGGCAGGAAAUGACAAAACGUACGAGUCCUUGGUCAGCGCCAUGUGCGAUUAAACACUGGGGUGUAGUUAAAUAUCCACAUGAAGGAUUCUUGAGUAGUUUUUUUUCGUUGUUAUUCUUCCUGUCAACACCAACACGUGGUACCAGGCAGUGACGUCUGGGGUCGGCCUGUUCAGAAGCGUUUGGCGGGUUGCGCAGCUGUUUUCAGAAAUACAGACUGGCGGGACAAUGGCGCAGAAUUGAAUGGGAGUCGUGCGAUUCGGCUCAGUCCAUCGUUAAAGAUUUGCUAAUGCAGAGGGGGAUUUAAACACCCAGUUACGCUCUUGCAAGCUGAAAACGAAAGACUCCUUGCUUGCAGCUUUCACCUGCCCGGAUAAAACAUGGCGUCCGCAAGCAGAAAGCAGGACUGCGACUUCAGUAAGGACUCUUCUCUGCCGGCGGUGUCCUGCAAUCCUGGGCUAGCUGUCUCCUUCGGGUUCAUCAGAAAGGUAUUCGUGUUUGACUGCCGUGGGCAGAAGAAUGACACCAUCGAGAAGGUCCUGGAGGGUGGGAAUGUGUCCCUCGAGGAGUUCAUCGCCACUGUUCGCAAGGAGUUCACAAUUACUACAGAAGAAAAGUUUGUCUUGACGACAACAGCCAGAGAAGCAGUUAAUGACCAGAUUUUCGAAGAGCUAAAAAAUGGGAACACCUUGUAUCUACUUAAUUCUGUUGAUCAAGUUUUGCCAGUGGCAACAAGAGAGCGUAUUGAAUUCCUGCCGCACUAUGACACCCUUGUUAAAAGUGGCAUGUACGAAUAUUAUGCAAGCCAAGGGCAGAAGUCUUUACCUUAUGCCUUUGCUGAGCUGAUUGACAACUCUCUGUCAGCAACAGCAUACAACAAAGGAGUGAGGAGCAUAGACAUUAGGUUGAUGUUUGAUGAAUCACAAGGUAAACAUGCUGUAGUCGUGAUUGAUAAUGGGAGUGGUAUGACAUCAAAACAGCUCAACAACUGGGCCGUGUACAGGUUGUCCAAAUUUCUAAGGAAAGACAAAGAAUUUGAAAGUGACCAUGCAGGGUAUGUUCGUCCUCCUCCAGUGUCUCGCAGUUUGAACAGUGAUAUAUCCUACUUUGGAGUGGGUGGAAAGCAAGCUGUAUUCUACAUUGGACAUUCAACCAGGAUGAUCAGCAAACCACCCGAAUCUGUGGAUGUUCAUGAACUUAUUCUCUGUAAAGACGACUUUGAAAAAAGAGAAAAGAAUAAUGAAGCAAUAUACAGUGGCUACAUUCGAAACCGAAAGCCAGGUGAUUCAUUUCACAUUACGUCUGAUGAUGAGAGGUUUUUGCACGGUAUUAUCAUGGAGGAAUCUGGAAAGGACAGUUUUACAACAGUAGUGAUAACUGGAGUUCUGCAAGAUCAUAUCCACUACCUGAAAAACCACUUUCAUCUUUGGACCAGAGAGCUUGCGCAUGUUUACCAUUAUUAUGUUCAUGGACCCAAUGGAAACAAUCUGAAUGCUACAGUGAAGACAGGUUUUGUACAGAACAUUGACAUUCAGAUCACCAUGUUUGAGAAGGGAAAAGUUCCAAAGAUAGUUAAUCUAAAGGAGAUAAAGGAUGAUAUGCAGACUCUGUACAUCAGUUCCUCAGUUGACAGUUUUGAGUUCAGGACACGUGUGGAGGAUGAAGGGGUUGUCGAAGGAAUUAUCAGAUAUCACCCUUUCCUUUAUGAUAAGGAAACGUAUCCUGAAGACCCAUGUGCAGUAACAAAAGCACCUGACGUUGAUGAUGAAGAAGACUGCGUCAUCAUAAAUAAAGAAGCCCGGGGCAAGAGGCCUAUAUUUGAAUGCUUCUGGAAUGGGCGGUUGAUACCUUACACAACAGUGGAGGACUUCGAUUGGUGUGCCCCUCCAAAGAAGAGAGGGAUAGUGCCUUUGGAGUGUUACAACAGGAUUUCGGGUGUUCUGUUCACCAAUGACAGAUUUCAGGUGAGCACUAACAAGCUCACAUUCAUGGACCUGGAACUCAGACUGAAGGACAAGAGCACCAUCUUCACCCGGAUCUUGAAUGCACAGGAGCAGAGAAUUAAAAUUCCCAAGGAAUUCACUCAGUGGCUGAAGGAAUGCCAUGAAAAAUGGGACAAGCAGAUUAAAUUUUCUGGUUUCAAAGGGAUAAUAACUAGAUCAGAUGUUUCAACAAAGAAAAUGCAGAGCCCUUGGGCAAUAUACACAUCAAUUGACUGGGAUGGGAAAACAUUUCAAGCAGGUCAAUUGGUGAAAUCGAUCAAAACCCAGCCGAUUUUCUGUGGCAGUAUCAAUCAAUUUCUGCUCUACGGUGAUCAUGAAGGAGAUGUGUAUGCCACUGGAGGAGAAGUACAGAUCUCCCUGGAACCCAAGGCACUUUAUGAUGAAGUUAGAGUUAUUCCAAUUUCAAAAAUUGAUAGAAAUGUUCAUAUUACUGUAAUUAAGAAGUACCUUGAGGAUGAAAUAGCAAGGCUUCCAGAUCGCCUGUCUGUCACAUGGCCAGAUGGAGAUGAACUGGUGCAGAAUGACGUUCGUUCUGCUGGGACCCCUAUAGGUGCAAUGAGGAUUGAAAUAUUGAACAAGAAAGGAGAAGCAAUGCAGAAACUUCCUGGGUCUAGUCAUGGUUCAACAAAGAAGCUUUUGGUUGAGUUGAAAGUUAUUUGGCACUCUCCCAGUGGGGAUAUAGAAACAAACUCGCACAUCAGCCAGCAUGGUGGAAAAUGGCCUUACUGGUUUAAAAAAAUGGAAAACAUAAACAAGUUGGGAAAAUACACUUUGAAGCUGCAGGUAGUGUUAAAUGAGAGUAAUGCCAGCACCUAUGCAGGAAGAUCUCUGCCUUUUCAAACAUAUGAAUUUUCUGUGACAGAGGGAAAUCCAUUCAGGUUCACCCUGGGACCGCUGGAGUCCCUGCUCCACAUAGGAGAGCCCUUUGACAUUCCACUGGAGCUCCUUGAUGAGUUUGGACACCCUACACCCCCGCCUGUGAAUCUUGUACCAGUUUUGGAAUGCAGUUCCCUGGAUAUAAGUUAUGAAAAACUUGUGGCAGAGGGAACCAGCUGUAUGAUUAAAGGUGUUAAAGCAAAAGGCCUCGUAGGCAACUGUCAAGGCAAGAAAUACAAUUUGAAAGUAACGUUGCCGGGGCUGAAAGAAGACUCUCAAACAGUGAGAGUUAGGGUGUUUCCUGGUCCCCCACAUUCGCUGAAGGUUAAACCUGAUUCCCAAAAGCUUGUUGUAGAAAAUGGAGCCUCUUUUCCUUUCCAUGUGGAAGUGCUUGAUGAUGCAGGGAACAUCACAGCUCAGCCAAAAUUGAUAGUCCAUUGCAAGUUCUUGGGUGUUCCAAACUUGCCAGUUUAUACAGUAGACUGUAGCCACACCGGCAUAGGAGUAUUAACAGGCCCAGCUUUGCAUGUAAAGAACAUCAAGAAGGAUCAGACCAUAAAGGCAAAAAUUGAAAUACCAAGCUGCAAAAACAUUGAAGCAGUAGAAAAGACGCUGAAGCUCAUCCCGAGUACACGUGUGGCCAGAUUAGAAAUCUUCAGUCUGGAUGGUGAGAGGGCAACCCAGCUAAAACAGCAGGAUGACAUCAGUUGGACUGCAGGGGACACUCUGCAAAAUCUCAUCUUCAGAAUGUAUGAUGAAGGAAACCGGGAAAUCUCCAUCACUGCUGCUCUAGCACAAAAUAUUAAGGUUAACUGGACACCUAAGGUGAAGAGGGAAGAUCUGGUCCAAGGAAUUCUACCAGAUGUGAAAGUGCCUAAUUCUGUGAAAGAGCUGCGGUACUGCCAGGUGUCAUUUCAGGAUGAGCAUGUGUCUCUGGAAAGUUCUUUUACUGUCAAGCCUCUUCCAGAUGAGCCAAAGCGUAUAAAAGCUACACUGAAGGGUGUGUGCUCAGUACAGAUGGGUGAAGAGCUGAAUGGAGAGAUUCAUUUGGAAGUUACAGAUCAGUAUGGGAAUAAAACAAACACAUGGACAUCAUCCACUGUGGGUUCAAUUGGUGUUUCUUCAGAGGGGCUUGACAAGUCCAACUUAAAAAUUACCUGGCAGGAAAACGUGGAAGGAGUUGUAGUCCAGGGAAUAAAAUUUGUUCCUGGUGCCCCUGGACAAAGAGAGCUAUGUUUUGCUUGGCGAGACUUUGUAGAAUACAUUCGGAUUAACUUGACUGCUGGACCCCCAGCACAGCUGAAACUUGAAGGGCUACAGUUAGACAAUACCCUGACUGUGUUUAAUGGGAAAGAACUAGAGAAGCCAUUUGUUGUACAGUUGUGUGAUCAGUGGGGAAACCUAACAUCUGACCCACAAGUCAGAAUAGCACUUAUAAAAGAUGCUGCCUUACAGAUGACACCUAUGCCACAGGCACUACAUGUUGACAAGAAUGGUACAGCAACUUUUCCAGUGUGUCGGGUUUCUGCACUGAAGGGAGUGUACAACAUUCAAUUUAAGGGCAAAUUCAAUAAAACCACUUUAGAAGGUCCAGUAGUGAAGCUGAAUGUCCUUCCGGAUCCUAACAAGCCUGUUGAGAUUUUGGUAGACUUUAAUAAAAAUGCAGUUUUUCCUGCAGGAGGCUUUUUAACAGUGUUUACUGUGACUGUCCUGUCAGAAGUUGGCAAACCCAUGAGAAAUUUAAAUCCAGCUAUGAUGCUAAUGUAUAUGUGGAAAGGACAAGGUCCAGGCAUGCUGCCUCCAGAAAGCGCAGCUACACUUAUGUGCAGCAAGCCAAAGGAUAAUAAAAAAGAAGGCUGUUUUUACUUCAGAGACAAAAUAAUUCCUGAUCAUGUGGGCGAGUACUCAAUCCAGUUUGCAUUCACGGUGGACAAGGCAAAUGUAUUAUGGAGCAAACAGAUUUCCAUAAAUGUAGUGCCUAACGACCCAGUGAAAUUGUUGCCAGAUGUACUGCCUCCAACUCCAGUUGUUUCUAAUAUCCGUUCCACUGCCAGUCGGACCUUGGUUAACAGCCUAUGUCUUAAAAUCAUGGAUGAAUAUGACAACCCCACUGGUGCAGAUCUGAAUGGCAAACUUGUUGUUUCCAUUGAGAGUCCCAAUGAACCCGAUACUGAGAUCCCUCUGUUCCAAGGGAAAGUCCCAAGGGUGCAGUUUAACCUCACUAAAGGCUGUGCUGAGAUUACGAACCUUGUUAUUGCAGAAAACAGCCCUGGCACAGAUGGAACUGAAUACAUUCUGAUCUUUAAUCCAGUUAUUCCUGGCUUUGUAGAAGAAAACAGUCUGAAACCAUUCAAACUUCCUUUUAUGUUUUCAAAUGACUGUAGGAAACAGCAGCAAAUGGCAACAUUGACACGUGAAAAAGACCAGAUUAUCAAGUCCAUUGGAGCUUACAAGAGUCUUUUUGACACAAACAACCAGCUGGUCUCUGAGCUGAAAUGCCAAGCUCAAGAAGCAUCCGUCAAAGAGGCUCAACUAAAGACUCGGCUGAAAAACAUUAAUGUUGAUGUAUCACAACUGAAUACCGUUAAGCAAAUAGAAGCUGCAAUCAAAGAAAAGGCAACAAUGCGUGAAAAGAUCCUGAAGGAACCUAGAAGAAUUUGUAUGCUUCCUAACACUUCUAAAGGAAACCCAGAUGUUCUGGGAAAGAUUGCUCACUUGGCACAAAUAGAGGACACUGAAGCUGCAAAAGUCAUCUCUUGGCAUCUGGCAAGUGAUAUGGACUGUGUGAUCACACUGACCACAGAGGCAGCGCGUCAGAUUUAUAAGGACACGCAGGGAAGACAGCAAGUUCUUCCUCUCGAUUCCAUCUAUAAGAAGAACCUCCCAGACUGGAACAGGCCCUUGCCUCAUUUAAGAAAUGGAAAGGCUUGCUUUGAACCUUUAGGAAAUCCAGUGUUUGCUCGAGAUCUUCUGAUCUUCCCUGAACAUGUUCAGAAUUGUAAAAUUGUCUUUGGAAUGCUCCUGGGAGACACUAUUCUUCUUGACAACUUAGAUGCUGCAAACCACUAUAGGAAGGAGGUUGUUAAAAUUACACAUUGUCCAACAUUAUUGACCAGACAAGGGGAUCGUAUCCGCAGCAAUGGGAAGUUUGGUGGCCUACAGAACAAGGCGCCUGCUAUUGAGAGGUUACGAGGAAUGAUUUUUGGAGAACCUUUGCCACAGUCUUACCAUACCAUGAAUGAACAAAUAGGUCUUCUUCAGCAGUAUCGCACUGCCAUGCUCAAGCUCACAGAGGUGACAGAUGAGCUUAAGAAUCAUAUGCAGUACCUCGAAUCUCCUGAGAUGGAAAAGAAAAAAAAAGAGCUUCUGUCACAGGAGAAGCAGCUCAAAGAGAUUGAAGUGAAACUUGGUAUGACACCAACCGGUAAAACAAAUGGAGCAGGAUGGAAAAGACCAAUAUUGCAGACUGGUGAUGCCAUUCCCAUUCAUACGAAAAGAGCACGACGAGAUAAAUCUGCUCUCAUGGAAGAUGUGGCUUUAGGCUUACCAGUGGACAGCAGCCCAGAAACCAGCGCUGGGACAGUAACAAGGAAGAGAAAGGCUUAGGCCAUGUUGGUUAACAAUUGUGUGGAGGGAACUGUUUUCCAGAGCACAUCUUUGUCCAUUUUCUGUAAAUGAUAUUUAAAACUUUACUUUUUCACAUUUUUAUAUUGUUAUUAUUUUAAGCUUCAAAGUAGUACUUGCCUUAGAGUCAAAAUGAUUCAUCAUCCCCCUUGUUUUGCUCUUAAAUAUUUUGGGAAAGCCUUUUGAGAACAUUUUUGUCAAUUUUAAUGAAUUUUCUACCAUAUUUAGCACUCUAAUAUAAGCAAAAGGUUUAUUUCAUGUUUUUCUGUAGAUGUACGAGUUAUGGUUUACAAUUGAUUGCCAAAGGCUUUCAAGAAAAGAAAUAUAUUACAAAAAUAAUCUUUUUUUCCUGCUUUUUUAAUCCUAAAGUUUCUACCUGACUUGUAAAGUAUGUACUGUGAUGGAAUAUAAAUAUUUUAAAAAGUCUUUGAAUUAACUCACUUGAUUUUUAGUUUCCAUAAAAUGCCAUUUUUAUUUCAGAUUUGUUCAGUGUUAAUAAAGCCCUUUUUUGAAAGGAGAGGCUGGGGAAAAAUUCAGUCAUGAUUUCUGUUGUUUUACCAAGGUGUUAUUGACCUCUCGACGAUAGUCCUUAUUCUAAUGUCACCAUUUAUCUUAAAAACAGAAAACUGCUGACAGUAAUACAAAGGAAAAAACACAUUUUAUGGAUUCACAGUAAUAUGACUCUACUACUAUAGCAGUAAGAGUUCAUAGAGUCUGCAUACUUUGAUAUACACACUCCUUUGACACUGUAUAAGAAUCAUUUCAAAUUUAAAUCAACAGGUCAGUGGAGGAUAUAUUUUAGUUUUCAAUAUUUCUCUCACUUGCCGUUACUGUGUGUUGAGUUUUAACUGGGUUUAUCUACCUCUGCUUAUCUUUUAAAUUGUUAUAUUCGCUCAUUGUAUAGCAGUAAUGCAUCAAAGUAAUGUGGAUAAAUCCUGUAUAUUUCAAGUAUUUCCAUUUAAAAAUGUAUUUCUUUGUUCUUAGUUUAUAUUGUAAUAACUUUAACACUGUGAGAUUGAGGUAAGUGUUAAAUGAAAGGUAUUUUAUCUAUUUUUAAAGAUAUCGAUAGUCAGUCAUCUAUUUUUUUAUGUUCAGAGUUUGAAUUUUGUUUUACCAUGAUCUUACUUGUAAAUACUCUUUUCCUCUGCUCAAUGUACAUACGGUAUCGAUUGGAAAAGUAGAAGAAAAUUUUAACCAUCAAUUCAAUAAAUGAGUGGUUCCUUUAUAUAGGACUCAUUUCAGAGCACGUGCAGGUAGUACAUUGUGCAUGCUGUUUUUCUCUUCACACCUGUAGGCAAGUUGAAAGGUUAAAUAAUCACUUUUUAUCAUUAAGAGAUCAAAUUAAUAAUUAACAGCAAAAGCCUCCUGAGGCCUAUAGAACAAAAUGGUCCAGUAAGUGUCUUCGUCUACUAGACCUUCUUCGGUUGCAGGGGCACCUCAAAUUUAACUCCUGUUGACACCCUUCAACUUGAAGGUUGGAAUCAAAAUUGACCCUUCUCUUAGCUCCGUGUUUUCACCCUCACCCUGCAUUUUAUGGUUCAUCACUUUACACAGGAUUGCUUCCAGUUCAGUAGUCCAAGUGGGACACCAUUAUCUCAUCUAGGUGUAACCAGGAGAUGAGGUGGCACAGGAGUCAGGAGUAGUGUCCUUGUGUAGGCUGGCAGGUAGAUCCUCUCUAACACCUGUAGUACCACCUGUUCUGUGCAUAAGUCUGGAAACCAUCUUAUGUUUUUCUCAUUUUUAAAAAAAAUAAACUUUUAAAAAAGGA